CCCUCCUUGCGUUGCGUGGAUUUUGAGCGAGAACCGGCGAGCGAGCGAAUAGUCUAUACCUACGUGAGAGACGUAUCGCAACCAAAGGUCACCUGGAGGUUGAAAAAUUUCUCCACUGAAGCAGGAACCGCUGUACCGAUACGAAGUGAUUACACAAUUCCGUGAACUAGUCAUCAAGAUGGGCCGCAAAUUCUGUGUCGGAGGCAACUGGAAGAUGAACGGUGAUAAGGCUAGCAUCGCCGAAUUGUGCAAAGUGCUGACCACCGGACCACUGAACGCCGAUACCGAGGUAGUGGUGGGAUGCCCGGCCCCCUAUCUGACGCUAGCUCGUUCCCAGCUGCCGGACAGCGUCGGAGUUGCUGCUCAGAACUCUUACAAGGUCGCGAAGGGAGCCUUCACCGGUGAAAUCUCACCCGCCAUGCUGAAGGAUCUAAACAUUGGUUGGGUCAUUCUGGGCCACUCGGAACGACGUGCCAUUUUUGGUGAAUCAGACGAGCUGAUUGCCGACAAGGUUGCCCAUGCGCUUGCCGAGGGUCUGAAGGUGAUCGCUUGCAUCGGUGAAACACUGCAGGAGCGGGAAGCUGGUCAAACGGAAGCAGUCUGCUUCCGUCAGACUAAAGCGAUUGCCGAUAAGGUCAAGGACUGGAGCAACGUAGUAAUCGCCUACGAACCGGUGUGGGCUAUCGGUACCGGUAAGACUGCCACCCCGGAGCAGGCCCAGGAGGUCCAUGCUGCGCUGAGAAAAUGGUUCACGGAUAAUGUGUCCGCUGAUGUGUCCGGGUCAAUUCGUAUUCAAUAUGGGGGAUCAGUUACUGCUGCCAACUGCCGUGAGCUUGCAGCUAAGCCCGAUAUCGACGGGUUCUUGGUGGGAGGUGCAUCCCUCAAGCCGGAAUUUAUUCAGAUUGUUAAUGCUAGACAGUAAGCACAGUUUUCUUUCCGAUAAGUCGUCAUUUGGCAAACUAAUUCAUGAGAUGAAUGCUUGGAAAGUUAAGAACUAACAGCUAACCCAAGAUGAUAAAUUAACCUAUACAAUAUAUUACGUAAGAGAAAACCCAAACAUGUUAUCAGUUAAGUGGUAAAAUUACACAGAGAUUAUUCAGUAGAAAA